AUGCCACUGCAGCCGCCGCUGCUGCCGGAGCGGGCGCACGUGCGGGAGGCGCAGCUCCACUCUGCCGAGGCCUCGCUCUGGACCGUGGUGGCCACGGUGCAGGCAAUGGAGAGGAAGAUCGACCUCCUCGCCACCCGCCUGCUCAGCCUGGAGGGUCGGUCCGGCACGGCCGAGAAGAAGCUCCUGGACUGUGAGAAAACAGCCAUGGAGUUCGGGAACCAGCUGGAGAGCAAGUGGGCCGUGCUGGGCACCCUCAUCCAGGAGUACGGGCUGCUCCAGCGGCGCCUGGAGAACAUGGAGAACCUGCUGAAGAACAGGAACUUCUGGGUGCUGCGGCUGCCCCCCGGCCCCCGGGGCGAGGUCCCCAAGGUGCCGGUGACGUUUGUUGACAUUGCCGUCUACUUCUCGGCGGAGGAGUGGAAGAAUUUGGAGGAGUGGCAGAAAGAGCUGUACAAUAACCUGGUGAAGGAGAACUAUGAGUCUUUGAUCUCCCUGGACGGUGCCCUCUCCAGAAGCGAGGCGCAGCCCCGCAGCGAGCGUGGGGAGGGACCCUGCGUCCCUGAGCAGAGGGAGCUGGAGCAGAGGGAGCUGCCGCCGGACGCCUGUGCGGAGUCGCUGAUCUCCACCUCCGACAUCCUGUCCCGGAUCAAGCAGGAGGUGGCCUUCGUGGGGGAGCAGCAGUUCGCGGAGGAGCGGGGGAUGCCGGCAGACCCCUGCGCAGGCGCGGAUGCCCUGAUCACAGCGCACGACUUCUUGUCCUGGAUCAAGCAGGAGGAAGAGCCCUGCGUCCGCGAGCCCUGGGAGCUGCCAGAGAGGGAGAUGCUGACGGGUCCCGGUCCCGCUGGCGAGGGGCUGCUGGUGAAGACGGAGGAGCGGUGCCCCCACGCCGAGCCCCCCGAGGAGGUGGGCUUGCCAGGCAGCUCCGGGGAGCUGCUCUUCCCCGGCGCAGGCUUCGGGAGCCCCGAGGGACAGGCAGCAGUGGCAGCGGCGGUGGCUCUGCCGGCACAGCACAGACUGGGCAAAGCCCCAGGCUCAGAGCCGGGGCCCGAGCCCUCAUCCCUACCUGCCUCGCACGCCCCUCGUCCCCCCGCAGCGAAGGGGCCGUACAUCUGCUGCGAGUGUGGGGAGAGCUUCCUGGACAAGCAGCUCUUUGCCACCCAUCAGAAAGCGCACGCCAGCGAGGAAAGACCGUACACCUGCUCCCAGUGCAAGGAGAGCUUCAGCCUGGAAGUGAGCCUUAUCUUGCACCAGAAGCUCCAUACGGGGAAGGGUGACGGGCCGCUGACGUGCACCUACUGCGGGAAGGACUUCCGAGACCUCUCCAAAGCCAUCCGCCAUCAGCGCAUCCACACCGGGGAGAGGCCGUACCAGUGCACCGAGUGCGGGAAGAGCUUCAUCCGGCGGGACCACCUGCUCAAGCACUGGCGGGUCCACACCGGGGAGACCCCCUACCAGUGUCCCGUCUGCGGGAAGCACUUCCGCUACAAAGAGUCUCUGAAUUGUCACCAGAAAAUCCACUCCCGCAACCCCCGGCCCAUGGAGGAUUCGCAGCACAACCUGGAGUCGGCAACUCAAACCGGCCAUUUCUGCGUGAAAAAAGAAACUAAGCAGUAGCGCUGCGGUGGGAGGCCGGGGCAGAAGGGCUCGCGGUUACGAUAACGGUCUAGCAGGUGGACGUGCAGCAUGAUGGGAGGUGAACUUGUAUCGCAGCUAAUCCAUGUGGUCAUGCUACAAAGCCCGCUUUGUUGAAGCAUCAAAGGAAUUCCUCUUAAAAACUCUGAUCGGACGGCCUAGGCACCUCUUUGACCCCGCGGGGUUACAUGGGACUUCCAUAGUGGCGUAGGCCUUGUACUAGUUGUCCCCUACGCAGGUUUGGAUUUUGCCUGUAGAGAAUAAUCCCGAGCGAUUCUCUGGGGUCCGUAUUUAGCAGGUGUUUCCCCACCUAUCUUUGUGCAUAUUCAGGAGUGACAAGCUUUCGCUUUCUUUUUUCCACUCGUUUCACCGCAAGGCUGGAAGCGCGAGGGAGGGAGGGAGGGAAGGAAGGUGCCGCUCCCAGGCAACUGGCCACCCGCUCCCAUUGUGUUGCCGCACCUCGAACGGCAGCCCCGUGCUGCGAGGCCAGGGCUGGGAUGAAGGGAAGAGAGGCGAGGCAGAGACGUGGUUAGGGGCACGACGCAGGAUUUGUCGAAGGCAAAAAAGCAGAGAGGAGAGAGCAGCAAAGAGCAAGGUGAGAAAAAGUGGGUGCAGGAGGAAAGGACCCGCAGAAGGGGCUGAGGACAUUGGAGCAGGAGGAGUCGGGAAGGGCAGCGUGUGGAGGCGCGGUCGGGUAAUUCACCCGAGGAGGACACGUCUCUGUUCUUUCGAAGGAUGUUACUGGCACCAGUCGGGCUGUAGUUUCCCUCUGGCCCAAGGGAACGGAGCCGCUGGUCCGUCACACAAACUCCUGUCAAUGAAGGUGAUUUUAUUAUUAUUUUUUAACUGGGUUUGGUCUCAUACUCAGGUAAGUCAAUCGAGUGAAAGCAACUUCUCCUAACCCCUGUAAAGAGCUGUUUGGUUUUUAGUUAAUCUAGAAGUAGUAUAUUAUUAUUAUUAUUAUUAUUAUUAAUUAUUAUUAUUAUUAUUAUACUACAAGGAAAUGUGUGGCACUAUAUUUCACAGUUGAUCUAAAACACUUAAAUGUAUGAGAUAACUGACCGGAGUUUUUCAGACGUCUGUGUAAAUAUUGGUUGGGUUCUCGGAGCUAAUUGGUGUUGUUCUGAGGUGGCUGUAAGUGGUGUCUCUUCCGCUGUGUAUUGUCAGCUGCUGGUUCGUGAUCGUGUUUUGUAAUAAUUUUUGUAAAGUCUGUCAAUACAGUGUUUCCAUUCUGAAGCCCGUGUCGGGUGAGUGAUCGCAGCCCCAGUCCCCUCGCUGGCCUCUGUGUUUCGUCCUUGCUCGCCCCUCUCCUGCGGUGAUGCCUGCAGCACCCUUGCCCGGCACCCGGCUGUUAUUUAUUAGCGUUUUCCAGGUAACUUGCGGGACUGGUGAACCACACAAGCCGAGCGGGCUCUGCUCAAGUCUGUUACUGUCCACGCUGAGCAUCCGGGGAGCCAGAUCCAGCAAACAAAGCUGCUCGGCGCGGCUCUGGGUGUUGGUGUUCGGCAUUCGGGGUUCAUGUUUUUAAGCUUUUUCUCUGCUGCUGCUACGUCUGGAAGCAGACUUCGGUUUUAUGCGAGAAUAACAUCACAGCUCCAGGAGCUGGCCUGCGACACGCACAAAUAGGGCUGCAGCAGUGGCCGAGGAGUCGCUGGCCGCAGCCAGGCUCUGCUGUGGGGUAGAGCUGGGACAGUCCCGUGCCAGGAGAAGCGGCAGUGUGUGCGGCUGCAGCACUGCCCUGCACCUCAGAGCUGGGAUGUCGUGGACUGGCUCUCCAGCACUGACUGUGGCCCACUGCGGUGGGCGAGAAGAGCCCCAGCGUGCUCUGCUGAGGGUCCAGCUGCCGAUGCUGCGGGUUCGUCUCACCAGAUGGGGAGGCCUGGCCCCGUGGGGCCCCUAUGGCAUCCUGGUGGAGCUGGAGGGACCUUGGUAUGCGGGGCCGGGCUCACUCGUGCCCGCUGCCGGUCGGAGCUGCCAAGCCGGGCUGCGCUGGAUUUGCAUCGUCGCUUCCUCACUCGCACGUACCCAAGCUCUUUGUACUGGGGCUGCCAAUAAA